AUGACGGAAGGCAAAGCACUUGCAAGAGAACAGAAGAUUGGAAAAUAUUACGUGGACGGUUAUGACGAAGAAGCGGAAAUUAUUUACGAAUUCUAUGGCGACUACUGGCACGGCAAUCCCGCAACCACAAGACGCACAUUUGUAAAUCCUCAUCUCAAGCAAACGAUGGAGAAUUUGCAUGCGGCAACCGUCCAGCGAGAAAUCGCCCUUGAGCAAAUGGGAUACUCUGUUAUUAAAAUUUGGGAAAGCGAGUACGACCAGAAAUUGGCAGAGGAUGAGGAUUUUCGUGAAACACUAAAAGAUAUUCAUGUUCACGCACCUCUUCAACCCCGCGAUGCUCUAUAUGGAGGCCGGACCAACGGGACACGGUUGCAUUAUAAAUGCGAGCCGGAGAACAAAUACGUUUUUGGGGGUCGACUCGGGAUGCGCGAGGACAGAUUGUCUACACAGUUUAUUUCCGAGCCCAAAGAUUUUUAUGAACUUUUAUUAAAUGAUGCGUUGGAAAUUCACAAUAUCGAAUUCUUCAGUGACACCGUAAUUCAAGUUGCUUACAAGUCCAAGGAAGACUUUAUUCCAGUUAACCCAAAGACUAAUGUUAUCCUUGCGGCGUUCACGACUGCCCAUGCCCGCCUUCACUUAUACAAUUAUAUGGCCCAAGUUGGACGUAACCUGAUAUAUUUUGAUACUGAUUCCUUAAUGUGGAUUCAUCGGCAAGGAGAUCCGGAAGUUCCAUUGGGAAACUACAUGGGGGACUUGACAAACGAAUUAAAUGAUGGUGAAUUCAUCACAGAGGUCACCAUCUGUGCUCCUAAAUCUUAUGCUUAUGUGACGAACAAAGGAAAGCAUGUCUGCAAAACCACCGUUAACGCAGACACGUUCAAUCGAACUAUCAAAAAAACACUUAAUUUAAAUACUUUCACUUCACUCUGGACGACCCCUGGACCUCAAGUGUACCCCUUACGGUAUUCUUCCGUGAUACGGCGUAAUAAACGGACCCUUGAAAUUGAUGCUGUGGACCAGAUUUCCAACAACAUGGCCAGCCAGCAAAGCAACGAGAUUUCAUCCACCAUUCCGGAGGACAGCGACCUUCCAGAAGAAAUCCGCAGAUUGAAUCUGGAUGCGGACACCAUCGCGUUUUUUGCGUCGCAGCGCUCAGCAGGCAAAUUUGCCAUUGGCAUUUUUUGCCUCUAAAAUUACGCCCCAGAUGCAUGAAGAAAUGAAGCAGGCGGCCAAAUGGAAGGCCGACUUGGACGACGAUCUUUACCAUAAAAAACAAUUUUGACAAUAUCCAGUGUUUUUUGCCUAGCCAAAUUAAACUAGGUAAAUGAAAUAGGAUGGCAAAGGAAUUUCUAGUAAUUUGUUACUUGUAAACUGUGUACUUUGUGAUUUUGUGGC